AUGGCGACGUUGCCAGUCUUACAACAUGAGUGGAAAACCGCACCGGUAAUGGGAAGCGAUUUUGUUCCUUUUGAAACACCACGGCAUGUCUUCUCGAACGACGCCCAACUUUUCGCUAACGAAGUCACCGGAAUGCUAAUUCAAAUCCAUCAAAUUGCGAUAGUGCUUACUGAUGAAAUUGGGAAAUUUAAUCAGUCUCGCUGCUGGACAGACCAAGACGAGCAUAUAGACCUCGUCUUUAAACCAGAGCACUUUGUAGCAUCAGUCAGAUACUUCAAUCUGAUUUGCGAGGAGGCCAUUGACUCCAUUGAGGCUCUUGAUGGGAGACUAUCUGCAAAACCAUGGCUAAUGUCGGAUGCGAUUACCAACCCCCCACACGACCUAAGAGCCAUGUUGGCGAUUACAAAGGAGGUCCACCAAGAAGCUCAGUAUGCUGAGCAAAACCUUGUCAUCAAUAUGGGGUUGAGCAAUUCUCAAUGCGCCGCCCUAGACGACAUCAACAAACCUGAGCUUCAUGCAGUGCCAGCGGCUUCCCCUCGUGAAAUUCGAUUCUGGGUUACUUGGAACACCAAGACCCGGUUGCGCAGGCUUUCCAACGAGAUUGACUCCGGUAAUGUCAUGGAGUUCUACCACGAGCUUGAGGCUUCCCUCAUAAACGAAAACUCAAGGGACAGCCCAUAUCCGCUCCGCAAACCCCUCCCAGGGAAACAGAUGCUGAAAGACAAGAAGAAAAGUCGGUUAUUCAACCCAAUGACUUACUUUUUCUGCCUGGGAGUCGACAGCGCCGGGUCUCGAGUCCAUGAGAUGAUCCACAUUGGGGCAACCCAGGAGCGGCUCCAGCCAUGGGCGGCUUUCUGGAGAAUUCGUCGGGAUUCUCGACUCGUUCGUACCGGCGGUGAUGCAGAGAGGUGGGCAAACUUCUUUUCGGGUCUUAUACACGUCGAACGCCACAUACUGGCAAAGACCAAUCCGAGGCUUGAGCUGAAUGCCUUUCGAACCCAAAUCAUGGAGUGGCGGCUCGGGUUGAGGGCGAAUCCUCCCGCCGGUACGGAUAGCGAGGACUACCGCCACAUUCCAGUGUUGAGGUCUUGUGGAGGGCACGUCGGGCAGUCCUUUCAGCCACAGGAUGAAGGCCCAGUGCCUUGUUGCCUUGCCUGCAAGCUUAGCAUCGGUUACAAGGAAUGCACAGACCCUGAGAUUACCCAAUCUGCGGACUUCAACCUCCCUGGGCGUGCCAAGACGGCCUGGUCGUGUGCAGAAGUUAUUUCGAGCAAAUACUGCGCGGUAAAGACGAGUGUAUCCUCCUCUAAAGAUAGUCAGUAG